GGAGCUCACAGCACUGAUCUUCUGUUUGCAGCAUCCCAAGAGCAGCCUCUGUUGUGUGAAAUACAAGAAAAAGGGCAAGACAGCGGGAGUGAAUCCAAGGAAGCAACUCGAAGAACUGGAAGGGUGGAAUCUCUUGGGGGGUGGCAGCCAGGAUAGGGUUACUUUUGAUUUGUGGAGCUCAUCCUUAGAGCAAAUGGCUGUUGUGUCAGUGUAAACAGCCUGUGCAGUACCUGCAUUGCUGAAGGGGGAAGGAGAAGAGGAGGAGGCGGCACAGACACUGGAGCAAAUGUUACCUCUUCCUAUGAAUGUUUCCUGUUGUUAGGUAGCCCCAGACCUGCUGUUGCUCACCUCUUAACAUGCAUGUUGUAUGUUGAGCUCAUAUGGAGGAAGAACCAUCAAUGCCUCAGCAGACCAUAAACCAACGGCAGGGCGGCUGUAUUGACCAUGAGACACGUUAGAAACUAAGCAACACAUCAACAUCCACACCAAAAUAAAGGGAAAAAGUUUGAGAAAAUUUGCUUGAGAAACCUACACCCGACCAUGGCUGUGAAUACUGCCAAGACAACGUCAAGUUUUCUCUCGACAACUGCAACAACCGCCACGGACCCGUUGCUCUCAACGAGCCUCGGACCCAGAGAAAACAUCACCUCAAGAACAUUUAUGACUGUUACCCUAACAACGACAGCAGCAACAACAAACGAGACCAGUUUCAACGCCACCGCGGCUCCAGACGUGGUGAUUGAGGGCUCGAGUGUUGGAAUGCUGUUGGUGCCCUUCGGCAUCAUCACCCUCAUUGGCUUAGCGGUGGCAAUAAUGCUGUACAUUCGGAAACGGAAGCGGUUAGAGAAGCUGAGACAUCAGCUCAUGCCCAUGUACAACUUUGACCCGGCUGAAGAACAGGACGACCUGCUGGAACAGGAACUACUGGAUCACGGACGGGAUGGCAGCCUCGCAGGUCCAAACGCCAAGACUCUCACAACCUCCCAGGGGACAACGCAGCGACCCAGUCGUCUGGUCUUCACAGAUGUUGCCAAAGCCCUCAAUGCUUAACAGCCCCUCUGCCCUGCCUGGUCAACCCCAGCCUGCAGGAGAGCUGCAGACCACAUACCCAGACACAGACUGUCACUAACAAGGGACAAACAAAGGGAAGUUAGACUGUUUUAGGCUUAAACUGGAGGUCUGAUAAAUGUUGUCUUCACAACGCGUCAAGUGGUUGUAUCAAAGAAAAAACUCAGAACAAUGCAAAGGGUUAGUAAUGAUCUUGCACUAUUAUUAUUAUUCACUGGGGGCACCAAUUAAGUGUGGCACCCUUGUUUUUUUAAAACUAUGCUCCGUCAUUGUUAAAAUAUUUAAUAGCUUGUCAGUUUCUGCAUCUAUGUUUCUGUUUCAUAUGAGGAAAUUGUGAAUCUGUUAUAGUGAUUUUGUGGUCUUACACCUCGUAUGCUGGAUGUGUCGCCAUCCUCAAUCUGUUUUCCUCCCUAUUUGUCUUCUUUAUAGACUGUGGAUUAAUAUCAUUUCCAUCUGUACACAUUAAAAAUAUAUUUAAAAAAUCCAGAGGAAAAAAGACAGCACAAAUCCAUGGCAACAAAUGAAGAGUGUGAUAUUUUUAUUGAUAAGCGAUAUAGAAGCAAGGUAACACAAAUCACAACGUAAAGAAUCAUAACAAAAUAUAUAUCACAGGUUUGUGAGUUGUAUUAAAGAAGUGGAUGAGGACAUAUCAAUAACAUAACUAUUACAUUGUGUUAAAGGUAAGGCAUUAAAGAUGAUUUCUCAAGUUACAGUUCAACUUUUCAAUAGUUGAAACUAGAUCAAGUACUGUAUGUAACUAUAUCACUAGCAGUAAGAUCACAAAACAACAUUGUCCCCUUACAGAAAGAGUAAAUAUCCAAACACAGCUCGUGUAA